UGGACAUUGGUUUGGUAUAUACAUUUCCUGGUUAGAUUUUAUAUCUGCUGGGUGACACUUGUAGUUUUCCCAAUUAAAAAUGUUUGUAUUGUAUUUGCUGGCAGCUGUGUGUGCAGUGACACAGUAUGUCGAUGCACAGCGUAGUGUGUAUGCCGAUCAUAAAUGGGGCCUGAAAGACUGGGAGAGACAACAUGAAAAGUACUUGAAGUCUCAGCCUCCAGUGAAGAUACUCAACAAAGGGGACAAAAUCCUCUACAAAGAUUGUUUCCAUCUCAAGAAUUCAGGCUAUAACAUAUCAGGCAUCUACAAGAUAAACAUUAACCAAUCUUUUGCAUUUAAGGCUCACUGUGAGUUUACACCAACCAAUGCCUACACAGCCAUACAGCAACGAGUGACCUCGACCUUCAAUUUCGAUACUUACUACAGCUACUAUGUGAGUGGAUUUGGCCAUCCAGCAGCCGACUACUGGGCAGGACUUACCGUCAUGAACCAUCUUUCAGUGCAAGGAAACACCGUCCUCAAAGUCAGAAUGACAGACUGGAGUGGAUACAAUGGAAUAGCCAACUACAAAAUGUUCUACGUACACGCCGCUGCCCAAAACUUUGUCUUGAACAUUGGAGGAUUUAAAACCACAAGCACAGUCGGAGAUGCCCUGUCGUACAACAAUGGAAUGCCAUUUGCCUCACAGGACCGACCAGACCCCAACAACUGCGCUAGCCGCCAUCGCACCGGAUGGUGGUACAACUACUGCACCCGGUCACUGCCGAAUGGCCACUACUAUAUGAACGGACCGUACACACCUCCUUAUGGUUAUCCCGACGGAAUAUUCUGGGACAACUGGCGUGGUGUCAAUUAUUCACUUAGGUACUUUAUCAUGCAGGUUUCUCAUUUUUAAACAAACUCUGGUAUAACAAUAACACUAGUUAAUUAAUUUACUGCAACACAGCGUUCAAAUCUGAGUGUAAAACUAUGGUUCAGUAGUCAAAGAAUUAACCUAAUUAGCUAAGGUACCUACUGAUUAUUUUUCUAAAGAAUAUUUUUAUUAUUUCACCAUAUAGAUCUGCAUUAAUUUUCUUAUUCUUGCAUGCCAUUAUUUGAUAUUGUUUGGCUAUACUUGCUACUUAUGUUACAUACAUGUACAUUUUAAUAUUAAGAAAAACAUAUCAUUUCUCAGUGUGUCAUUUGUCAUCAGAAUUGUGUCACCUUGAAACCAACAUUUUUAUAAUAUAUAACAUUUCAUCUUUGUUUUCUGCAAUGCUUUGUAAUUUUGUGCUUAGUAAAGCAAUAAGUAAAAUUUAGCCUUGAAUAUGACAGACAGACAGAUACAUUGGUGCAGUAACCAGGCAUUGGAUUUGUGGAUAUGUUUAAGAUUCUGCAAGAAUCAUAAAACUGUUGUAUGGUUGAUAUCUCAAGUUACUCUUCCAAUCCAAAAUCUGACUUGCAGCCUGGUAACCAUUAAAAAUGAUGACAUUUCCAUUUGCUUGCUUGUCAUGUUACAUGUACAUGUAUGAAAUGCAAAUAAAAUUGCUAUUUAACUGAAA